UAAUCGUCUCGAAUUUUUUUUUCGGGAAAAAAAAAUUAAUAAAUUGCCGUAACCCGGAAUCGAACCGAGGACAUUUACAUCUUCAGGCUAAUGCUCUCCCAUGUGAGCUAUUUCAGUUUUAGGAUGAGUUAUUUCGAGGCGCGACUUGAACUUGCGGAUAUGACUGUAAACAAAAAUUUCUGAAUUGAAUGUACUCCCCGCGUAAUCAGGGGUGAGCCAGUCCGAUGGAAUUCGAUUGAUCAAUUGCUCUUUGUGAAUUAUCGACACGUCCGUUCGACUUUCAUUGCUCCGGUGAGUCACAAUGGCGUGCGAAAUUGUCGCGAGUGCAAGUUGAAUUGCCAAUUUUUGAGAGUGCACAGUAAAAUAGUAUUCUUCAAUUUUUAAGUGGGUUUUAGAGAUUAUCAGGUUUGUUAGUUGGAUACUACGAAUUUUUUCACAAUUUUUGAGAAACAAUAAAGAUGCAGCAGGCAAUGCUACGGUGCAAUGGCAUUCCGACCCACAUAAUAACUGAAGGCCGUUGGGUUGAAGAGGGUCUAUUACCAGACGGCCACAGAGACAUUAUCCUAGUGAUCCCUGGUAAUCCCGGCAUUCCAGCUUUUUACACUGGUUUCAUAAAAGCCUUGAAAUCAUGUUUACCUACUGAGACACCAGUGUGGGUGAUGGGCCAUGCAGGACACGUACUACCACCCAAGACCUUGAGCUUUCCAUCAGAACAGGAUUCAAUGGAUCGUGCCUUUUCCCUGCAGGGCCAGGUCGAGCACAAGGUGGCGUUUGUUAAAGAGUACAUUCCAAAAGAUGCUAGGGUGCAUCUCGUGGGACAUUCCAUUGGUGCUUGGUUCAUCCUUCAAUUGUUGGGUGAUGAGGAAUUCGUUAAAAAAGUUGUGAAAUGUUAUUUGUUAUUCCCCACCAUCGAAAAUAUGGCUGAGACGAAGAGUGGCAUUUUUUUUUCUAAUAUCUUACUGAGAAUUGCUCCACUGUUGUAUUUUCUCGCCUGGAUCUUCACAUUCUUCCCAAAAAUUUUGCGAGAAUUCCUCGUGAGAGUCUUCGGAAUUCUAUUCGUGGGCUUUGGAAGUCAGUCUGUGCAGCCUAUGCUCCAGUUGAUCGAGCCAGAAGUACUCAAACGAGUUUUUCUCAUGGGAAAAGAGGAGAUGCACCAAGUGCGAGAGCUAGACCACAGAAUAAUCUCGAAAUAUAGUGAUAAAUUAUGGCUGUACUACGGAGCAACUGAUGGUUGGGUCCCAGUGCGAUACUACGACCGUCUCAAGGCGAGACAUCCUGAAGUUGAGGCUCACCUCUGCAAACGAGGAUUUCGACACGCAUUCGUUCUCUCAAAUGAGAAAGACGUUGGAAAAAUGGUCGGAGACCUUAUAAAUGAGAGUAUUAAUUAGUGAACUUUGAGAGCAGCUAGAAUAAUUGAUAAACACUGCAUUUAAUUUUGAUAAAUAAAUUGUUGGAUCCCCAUUAGUUGUUGAAAAAAAUGA